AUGGAAGAGGGGGAGGAUGGUUACACAGCCCUACGCUUCAAAGGAAGAAGGAAAAGAUCAAAUGGAGUCUUUCAAGGCUCUAGUCUCAGCUGCCUCAACAGUGCCCAGAAUUUAUCUGAGGAACUCAGUGGAAACAACCAGAAUACGUCCGAUGACCUUCACAGAAGUACUGUGAUGAUGCUGGGCAAAUUAAAGGAACAUUUUUGUGGGGAGGUAGAGAGUGGGAAAGCAGAACAUGCCCAGUGUGAGUACUGUCCACUUGGAUGGGUUCUGCGCCACGGGAAAUGCUACUACUUCUCAGAGAAGAAAAAAAACUGGAGUGAUAGCGAGAAGUACUGCAACUCACAGGCAGGCAGCCUGGCUGUGAUUGACAAUGGGGAGGAGAAGACCUUUAUUAUGAACAGGAUGAAGAUGGAAAAAGGCUACUACUGGCUAGGACUCAGUAAGGGGAAGGACAGAUGGUUGUGGGUGACUGGUGCUGGAUUACCAGCAGAGAUGCUUCAUGUUACUGGCAGCAGUGGCAGUCAUAGCUGUGUUGUUUGUGGCAUGGACGAGAUUCUGGCCGAGAGCUGUUUCAACCCCAACAAAUGGAUCUGUGAGAAAGCCACCAUGGAAUUUCCAACUGUGAAGAGAGCCUCACUGGAUUGA